UCUUCACUGCGCACUCGUUUUAUGAGCUUCUGAAAUUUGGAAACCUCCCAAACUGGUCCCUGCCCCUGGGUGGUGUUGCACUCUCUCUCCCUCCCUCCCUCGCUCGCUCCCUGCGCCCGGAGACAGGGGGUUUCCAGCGUCACCGGGUGGUUCGCAGCCUGGGAUCCGCCCGAUCCGCGCGUCACCGCCCGACCCGAGGAGGCGGUCCGGCCCGCAGACAAAGCAUCGGGGCCGCGGCGAAGCGGCCUCAUUCCGCCCGCUCCCCACCAGCUGCUGUUGCCCCAAUCCCGGGCUGCCCGAGGAGGGAGGAAGAAGAGGGGGAGGAGGGAUAAAGGUCCCAUCUCACAUCACACUCACACACAGAGGAGAGUCUCCUUCCAUUCCCAGCCAUGUCUGUGUUCGCCUGCCGCGACUACUUCGCCGCCGAGUGCCUGAUGUCGAUUUCCAGCGGCGCGGUGGUGCACCGCUCCCCGCUCAAAGGGGAAACUUGCGAGCUAACUUCAAAGGAGGACAAAGAGGUGAGCGACACGCUGAAGGAAGGCGGCAACCUGCUGAUGGUCGCCAGCAUUUUGACCGGCUUGCAGAAAUCCAGGCCGAUGUCUUCCAACUCGGAGAGCAGCAAUUCCUCCUCCGGCGAGAGUCUGGAGAGCGGCUACACGACGCUGUCCGAAGGACCAUACACCACCCCGACUCUGAUCGCCACAAACUGCACGUCGGAAAAGCGGAAAAUCAAGCGUUCGGACAAGUCCUCUGCGAAAAAACAUCUGUGUUACUUUGCCGGGUGCGAUAAAGUGUAUGGAAAAUCGUCUCAUCUGAAAGCACACAUGAGGACUCACACAGGAGAGCGACCGUUUCCUUGCACCUGGCCACAGUGUUUGAAGAAGUUUGCCCGCUCUGACGAGCUGGCCCGACACUAUCGCACGCACACGGGCGAGAAGAAAUUCAAGUGCCCGAUGUGUGAGAAGAGGUUCAUGCGCAGCGACCACCUGAUGAAGCAUGCCCGCCGCCACCCCGACUUCAAGCCCACCAUGAUCGUCAAGCCAAACAGCAGAAGUGCAUCGCCCCCCAAAAUGCUGGCCCCCACCUUCCACAGCCUGGCGCCCCCUUCCAUCAUCAUUCCAUCUCCAAACCCAGCUAGUCCCGUGUUCAGUCAGACGGAAGAGAGUCCAGUUUGUACCAAAAGUCUUGUUUAAGCUCCUACCCUCUGAGCAUGUGUGGACUGUGCUUAUAGAUGAUCUUCGCUUUUGAACCUUUUCGGUCAAGUGUUGGGAGAAGGGCCUUUAUCAUGAGCAUUGUUUUUGCACACACAGUGACUGUACCCAGCCACAGAAUUGCUUGCUUCUUUGUUGGGAUAGUAAAAUAGUGUGAGUUGUGGAUGUUGUUUUAAUAUUGUCCCCAGUAUUAUUUGUCUUAUUAGACCCAAUGCCCUUUUAAAAAAAAAUUAUAAUUUUAACUUAUUGCAGAAACUCCACACAAGCUUUUGAAGUAUAUUACAGCCAUUGUGUUUAAUCAACCUAGUUGAAAAUUGACCUAUUUUAGUGGACUGAAUGAGCAGCAGUAAACUAAACAGCUAAACAAAGCUCCACUGUGCUAACACAUCAUUGAAAAAGAACUAUAAAAGACACUUUAGGGCAGUUUUAACUGGAUCAGGGAGAGUAAAAGUGAAGUCACUUUUUUUCAGGUUUUAUGAAUAAGUCUUUAUAUGUUCAAAUGAAUUAAAAAACCUUGAGGAAUCAAAUCUGCUUAGUUUGUCCAUCAAUUUCCAGUCAUCUAUUGUUACACAGUUUCCCUCCCCUGAACGUCGUGUUCAGCUAAAGAUCCGAAUUAUUGUAACUUGCAGGAUUUCUACAGUGACAAUGAUUUGCAGCUUUUUCUUUCCACUUGAUACCUCUCAGGGCUACAAAAGAUCUUUCCAAUAUGUCACAGACACAGACAUAGGACUGCAAUUCCGGGCACUGACUUCUCUGUAAUAAACAAUCGUUUCUCACUUGAGGGGAGGCUGCUGAGUUCCACAGCAAAAUGGCAAAGUCCUUCUGCACAUUUGUAUGGACAAUGGGCAGACCAGAACUGAGAUUGAGAUUCAGUUCAGCUUUACUCUGAUGUUGAGAAAUUUUCAGUUUAGAAAGAGCUAUGCCAUUCGGUACUAAACAAAACUCUUGUCCCAUCAAUCUGCUUUUUGUUUGAUUGGUCUUUUGAAGAUCAAAUGCACCCUGGAUAUCGAAGUAAUGUUCAAGAGAAAACAUGGCGUGUGCAAUGUUGCCUGUUUCUCUGCGAGCUUCACUGUGUUAAGUGGGAAAAAUGUAACCUUCAUUCAGAGGCACCUUGCGUUUUACACGAGGAGGGGGUAACGUGCUUGAAAAGUGGCGCGUAAUUCAAGAGCGCGUAAGUUAAACGUAAACACUGUCGGCAGUACAUUUGAGGGCGCUAUUCCAAAUUGUGUAAAUGUAGCUUUGGUGUCACAGGACAAGCACAUUAUUUCAAAAACCCAUAACUCAGACAUGUGUGAAACAUGAGGUGCCUUUACUUGAAUCGCAACAGUAUUUUCUAUCCUGGUACUUUGGAAGCCAGUUGCCAUUUUUCUGGGAAACAUGUUCAAUGGAAUUGGCUGAGAGUAAAUAACAUGACAGUGCUUGCUCAUAAAGCUAAAUGUUACAGACGGCUUCUGGGUAAGAGUUGCAGCCCUUUCAACAUAGUUGGGAUAUUUAUUGAGAUUUGCUCAUCACUGAUGAGAAUUGUACAAACACAUGCACAGCAAGAAAGUUGCAUUUUUUGAAGCUUUUGCUGGAAUUUUAUUGAAAGGCGUUUGACUGGCAUUAGCCUACUCAAUGUCAUCUGUGUGCAAAAAUAAUAUAGCAGUGGGAUUAUGUGCAUACUGCCUUUCUUAAAGUGCUCCUUUUAAUAAGGUAUUUUUGUAACAUUUCUACUCAGGGGGCUGUGUUGCUAAUGCAUGCAUUUCACCAUAUACAUGUGGAGUGUGUGAAUAUAAAGUUUUUACCUGUUCAGUGUGAAAUUUGGAACUAUAUCGUUCCCAGUAAUUUGUUUGUGGUAAACUGUUGACCAGUUACCAAAAGGGAAAAUAUUCAUAUUCUUUAUCUAAAAGUGUUCUACUCUACUAAAAUUGCUAGAUGUGUGUUUGGAAGAAAAAUAAUAGAUAUAACUUUAAAAAAGGUAAAUGUAAAUAUCUGUGGAAAGCAUGUUUUUAAGGUGAUUUUAAAUCUACACUAAUUAUUUUACUAUAAUUAGCUUGUGCACUAAUGCACACAACUCUCAAACAGUUAUGUUGCAGGAAUUCAACCUUUCAUAUAAAUAUCCCCAUUUCAGUCUCCAAUCUUUCAGUCUUCUCCAGGUUUUUUCUUUAAAUAGUGUGAUCUGAUAGGCAGUUAUGAUUAUUUUAUCUCUCCCAUAUCCAUAUAUAUAAAAGUUUAUCUUAUUGAUGUUGGUCCUAAAAUGGAUUUGACAUAUUGCAGUUUAUUAAGGAAGUUUCAAAUCAAUCCUUUUUGGGUCCAGGUGAUGAUGAACAACUUUUGUUACUUUAUUUGCUGGCUUGACAUAAUUUGGGAGUUUAUUCUAGAAUUAAGAAUUGUUAUGAGAGUUAAUAUUUCUAUCAUAUGUCAAAAUUCUUUUGCAUUGCAAAAUAAUGUGAAGACAUGAUUUAUGAGUUAUAUUUACUUGUCCACACUCCCCGCAUGAUAAAACAGUAAUGGUUGUUUUCAUUACCAUAUUGCUGUAGGUUUUUAAUCAAGGAUAGAAAUUCCUCAUUAAAUGAAAAGAAAGAAUGAGUAAAUGGUCCACUGGUUAUCAAAGCAAUGCAUAGCCUUGAAGCAUUCCAAGUUUUGUUCAUAGUUUUGUAAUUUAUUUCCAUUUUGCAAGCAAGACAUUUUAGUCCUGCAUAUCUGAUAUUUAUCGCAAUGAUGCCAAGGUUGGUGAUGAAGGAUUUGGACACUGAUUUGCAAGAACAUGCAGUCUGGGACAGGCUAUUUGGCUGAAGAAAGCUGAUAAUUGUAUCAGUGUCCUUAAACCAUUGACAAUUCUAACUUUUUUACCUUUUGCUGGAACCUUCUUCACAUACCUUGACGCAAUAUUCUGGGCGUUCACAGUUAUUGAGUUAUUUAAACUCCCCCUGUGGCUGCACUAGAAUCCUUGCUUGAAUGCUUUGUUUGACUUUGUUUAAGUUUUCCUUUUUUUUUAAGGGAAAAACAGCUUUAUUUUUUAAUGUCCUCAAUGACCGUUUAUUCAUUACUUAUUCUGCAGCCUACCAUGGGUUGCUAUGGUAAUGCUUCCAAGAUAGCACCCAACCAAGGUGACUAUUUGCCUGCUAGCCACAGAAGUGGAUCUACGAUCACACAUAUUACAAUCGCUCCACACUUUUAUGUCUUUCCCCGACUGGUUAGCACGAAACAAAAGCUUUUCACUGUACACGUGACAAUAAACUCAACUCAAACUAAAUUUUUAAAAAAAAUCUGAACUAGUUAACUCUUCUCUAGUAAAGCCUUGUUUACCUUGGCGUGUAAUCACUAUCAUUUGCAGAGUCCCUUAAUGUUACUAUCAGGUUCCUCAAGAAUUAGAUGUUGCUUGGAGAGAAAAGUAGUGAUAUUCCCAAAGCCUGGCCUCUAGGCUGGUGAUGAUAGUAUGAUGGAUUAAUUUUUAACACAGGGAUCGAUAUGCGGCCCAAUACCAAUGUCUCACAAUAUAUCUAUCAACCUGCCACAUGGAAUAAAGCUAAUUUCUGUUCCCUUCCUCUGCAGGGAUUGCAUUUAGUUGUCUAAUUGUGUGACGGUCCAACUUUUAAUUAGGAUGUCGGGCAUAUGGUUCGGUUUGAUCGGCCUUCUGUUAGUUGUUCAUCAAGUGAUAUUGGAGAAGCCUGCUGUUGGCUCUGGAUCAUCUGAUCACCAAGAUAGUAUGACUGAACAAUGGGCGACCAUGUAGCUUGUUUUGUGACGUACUUUUUAUUUCAUUUGUAGGUGUUGAGGUGUGAGGAAUGCCAUAUGUGGAGAUGUUAGUAUUUAAGGAUGUGAGGAUUGUAUCAUUCCAGUUUUAAACUCGGAAACUAAGGCUGCAGGCAGCCCUUCAUUUAUUUGCAAUAAAAUAAGUAUUCAGUACAAUGAGGCCAGUAAUAGGGCAUCAGUGUAGAUCCAACAAUAAGCUUCCAUAAUAAGUAGCUUGUUUAUCUUCUUGGGUCAAAUUUAUCUUGUGUUGUAUAAAUUGCCUUCUCCAGACAGACAAUGAAUAAAUUAUACAAUUGUUGGCUUCAGUGAUGUAAACUCCAGAGUGUUUUAAACUGAGGGUCAUUUACUAUCCACUGCCUCUUCCCACUACUACCGUGCUGUUCUACUACUGGUAGCAAUUGUAGAUAAAGGGGAAGGUGUUAGCCACAACUCCUGCACAAACAAGACCCGAGGAAACAAUACUGUCUUGGGAGCAAUCUAACUGGUAGAAAUAUUUAUUGUAAGGAGAGCCCUUCUGGUUUUCAAAACAUAUUGCACAUUUUAUUAAACAAAUCAUUAUUUUAUUCAGCGUGUUUUACUUAAUUUGUACUUUGGCAACCUUUUUUUGCUUUCCUUGUUUUAUUAAAGCAACUGAAAGAUGCACACAAGCAUUAACAUUUUGAUGGCUGAUACCUUUUUAUUUUAUCUUUUUUUCCCCCGUUUUCUCCCUUUAUCAUGUCCCGCUUGUGAGGGUGACGAUUUAUGCUAGUGCACAGUUUUCCUCACUUGUCUUUGGUAAUUUGGUGGUCUACUUCCAAACUCAGGCAGCAAUGGCUGUCAAUGCAAUAAUCGCACUUUGCAUCAAGGUCAGGAAGAGAAUCCUGGCUGACAUCCCCCCCCCCCCCUCACUUUUAGGAAGAAACUACAGAAUCUCCAUUGCUGUCUAAGAUUACGUAACUCGGACAGGGGUUUUCUUGGUUUAAAUGGCUCAGAGUCUCUCUCUCUCUCUCACACACGCGCGCACACACACACACACACACACACACACCGAAUCAAUUAAAAAUGGAGAAUUAUUUUAACAAAGGACCAUUUGCAUAUCGGCUCUUUUUCAAUUUGGCAUUGAAUAAAAGUCAAAAACAAUGCCUCUUUUAAAAAAAAUAAUUCAAUGGAAUAAUAAACCUUUAAAAAUACAGACGUGUGGAAUAUAAACUGGAUUUUUUUGUGCAUCUGGCCCGUCAAAGUGUGGCAAUUUAAACAAUGUUUUUAAUCUUUCAAAAUAGAUGAAGCUUCGGAAAGAAGCGUCUUAUUCAGGAAUUACCGGUGUAUGUGCCUAAAAAGGAAUCCUGUUUUCACUAUUAAUAUCCCUGUGUUUCCCUAAGUCUGUACAUGUAGUACCCAUGUAGCAGUUGGUAUUACUGGAAACUUUGUAUUUUACUUUUUUACAGUCUUUUAUGGAUAUUGUCUUUUAUAAUAUUCUGGUGGUCAGUUAUAUUAGUACAUGUGCUGAUAAUUGCAGAAAGCUACAAAGCAUCACAGAGAGAUUACUCUUUGACAUUUUGCAUGGUUGACUGAAUUUUGUAUAGAGUGAAUAAACAAUGAUGUCCUAAUUAAA